CAACAGUAAACAACUGCGAGUUGAACGCUUCAGUGCGGCAACAAUCGAGAGCUGUACUGAAAUCCAGAGGCGAAAUUAUAAUCCAGGAAACGUGAAUGUAUCAUUGACCAUGUCUAAGCUAUUGCAGACUCUGGCCAUUCAGGGUUGUCUACUAUUGAUGUUCCUUUGCUUGAUGCACGGCCUGGAGCUUCAGUUGCACGAACAGCAGUUGCAGCAACAACUGCUGGAUGAUCAGCUACGUCUGCACCAACAACAACUGUUGUUGCAGCAACAGCGGGAGCAACAGAGUCAGCAGCGACGAUAUUCAUCGACCACAUCCACUCGCAAGCCCUAUAUCAUACCACAGGGCCUGUCCCUGCCACAACGAGGUAUUAAUCCGUCGAAAUGUUUCCGGGAAGUGCCUGCGGUGUUCUUUCAGUACGACAAGGAGGUGAAAAUCGUGGGCAACAGUACCGUAAAUCCAUCCUUCAAUGUCAUUGAGGUCUGUUGCAAGGGCUGGCGUCGUUAUGAGUACGACUGGAGUAGAUGUGUUCCGGAUUGUGGAGAGCGUUGUCAGGAGAAUGGCUUCUGUUUGCCUGGUGGUCACUGCAAAUGCUUUGAUGAUUUUGUGCUCAACUAUCGCAACAACUGUGUGCCUAUCUGCCCAUUGGGUUGCCCUCAUGGUCAGUGCUAUUUAAAUGGCACCUGCAGAUGCGACAAAGGCUAUGAGCUAGACGGCUCUCGACGCUUCUGUCAGCCGCAAUGCAAUGCCACCUGUGGACAUAACGAGAUCUGUAUAGAGCCAGGAAAAUGUGUCUGUGCCGAGGGCUAUGCAAAAGGAUUGCGUGAAUCCAAUGCCUUGGGUUGCCAGCCCAUGUGCAUUCCCGACUGUGGCUACGGACACUGUGUGGCUCCCAAUCAGUGCGAGUGCUUUCCCAAUUUUCAAAAACGCGCCAAUGGCACUUCCUGUGAAAGUAUUUGCUAUCUGCGCUGUGACAAUGGCUUUUGUGCGAAUCGUACCACGUGCGUGUGCCAAAAUGGAUAUCGUUACGAUCACAAUACCACCAGCUGUCUGCCGGAUUGUGGUGAUGACUGCGAUAAUGGUGUUUGUAUCUCACCCGGAAAUUGUCGGUGCUUUAAUGGAUACGUGAGGAAUCGACAGCGUUGCGACGCGGUGUGCGAUCGUGGCUGUGGAUUCUAUGGCAGAUGCAUAGCACCUAAUGUAUGUGGCUGUGCUGUGGUCUCGGGUCCAGAAAGUAGCUAUCAGCGUUGCGAGAAUGGCUAUUGUAAUGCUGAGGGACAUUGUCGCUGUCUGGUGGGCAAGACACGAUUUAUUGACAAGUGCAUGUCACCGGAUACGGUUACCACAUAUGCGUCCAUGGAUCCGCCUCGGGUGAACGCCUCAUUGAUACACGAGUUCGGUCUGCUGCUGGGAAAGUACUUUGAGCACUUCAACGAGUUCCACUCUUCAAUGUGGUGGUUGUGACUUGACGAUAAGAAUGAAUUCAAUAUAUAUACAUAUACAUACUUAUAUCAAUUUGCUUAAACUAUUAUUCUAUAUUUAUAUUUUCGAUGUCAAGCACAAUAGAAAACGUUGUCUUGAAA